AUGGUCGUUCAACCCAUUGAGACUUUCCAGCGCGAAUACACUAUCCCCGCCCACCUCCGCCACACCGCAGAUGAGCCACUGUCUACCAAGGCCAGCACUCGUCUCCGCCAGAUGCUCGCUCGUCCUGGCAUCGUAGUUGCUCCGGGUGUUUGCGACGGCAUCAGCGCCCGAUGCGCUCUUGAGGCUGGUUUUGACUGCUUGUACCAGAGUGGUGCCGCUACCACUGCUGCCAAGCUCGGUAUGCCCGACCUUGCCAUCGCUACUCUCCCCGACUUUAUGUACGACCGAGCUGGCGUCGCUGGUCUCCACAUCGAAGAUCAGGUUCAAACCAAGCGCUGCGGACAUUUGCUUGGCAAGCAAGUCGUCUCGACUGAGGAGUUUGUCACUCGUAUCCGUGCAGCUGUCCAGGCUCGCGAUGCCAUCCCGGGAAGCGACAUUGUGGUUAUCGCCCGCACGGACUCGGCACAGGUGCUUGGUAUGGACGAGGCCAUCCGUCGUUUGCAGGCCGCUGCCGCUGUUGGCGCGGAUGUUGCCUUUAUCGAAGGUGUGAAGACCAAGGAACUCCUCGAGAAGACCGUCAAGGCUCUUCAUCCCACACCCGUUCUUGUCAAUGUCAUCUCGGGUGGUCUGACUCCUUCCUUCACCACCAAGGAGGCGGAAGAAAUGGGUGCCAAGAUCAUUAUCUUCUCGCUUGUCUCUUGCGUCGCGGCCGCCCAUGGUGUCCGUGAGGCCAUGGCACUCCUCAAGAAGACCGGUACCGACCACACCUCUGCACGUGGAAUGGACCCUCGCAAGUUCUUCGAAGUGGUCGGUCUCGAUGAGGUGAUCGAGAUCGACAGGCGUGCGGGCGGUACCGCGCUCAGCUCCAUCUGA